CAAACUCCUGGGGAUAGUCGUGUUGCAAGCCGGCGAUGCAUCUCCCUCUGCCCGCGCUCCGCCGCGCCCUGCUGGCCCGCCCCUGGACGGGGGUCAGGCUGCGGUGGCAACACACCCCCUCCCUGAAGGUGACCAAUGAGCCCAUCCUGGCCUUCACGAAGGGAAGUCCUGAGCGAGAGGCGCUGCAAAAGGCCUUGAAGGACCUCAAAGGCCAGACGGAAGCCAUCCCAUGCGUGGUGGGGGGCGAGGAGGUGUGGACCUCGGAUGUGCGGUACCAGGUGUCGCCCUUUAAUCAUGGACACAAGGUGGCCAAGUUCUGCUACGCAGACAAGGCCCUGCUCAACAGAGCCAUUGAGGCCGCCCUGGCCGCGCGCAGAGAGUGGGACCUGAAGCCUGUGGCCGACCGGGCGCAGAUCUUCCUGAAAGCGGCAGACCUGCUGAGUGGGCCUCGCAGGGCUGAGAUCCUCGCCAAGACCAUGGUGGGACAGGGUAAGACAGUGAUCCAGGCAGAGAUUGACGCUGCAGCUGAGCUCAUCGACUUCUUCCGCUUCAACGCCAAGUUCGCCGUGCAGCUGGAGGGCGAGCAGCCCAUCAGUGUGCCGCCCAGCACCAACAGCGUGGUCUACCGGGGACUGGAGGGCUUUGUGGCGGCCAUCUCUCCCUUCAACUUCACCGCCAUUGGUGGCAACCUGGCCGGGGCUCCGGCCCUCAUGGGCAACGUGGUCCUGUGGAAGCCCAGUGACACCGCCAUGCUGGCCAGCUAUGCUGUCUACCGCACCCUCCGGGAGGCCGGUCUGCCCCCCAACAUCAUCCAGUUUGUGCCGGCGGACGGGCCCGUGUUUGGGGACACCGUCACCAGCUCGGAGCACCUCUGUGGCAUCAACUUCACCGGCAGCGUGCCCACCUUCAAACACCUGUGGAAGCAGGUGGCCCAGAAUCUGGACCGGUUCCGGACCUUCCCACGCCUGGCUGGAGAGUGUGGCGGGAAGAACUUCCACUUCGUGCACCGCUCGGCCGACGUGGACAGCGUGGUGAGUGGGACUCUGCGCUCCGCCUUCGAGUACAGCGGCCAGAAGUGCUCCGCCUGCUCGCGCCUCUACGUGCCCCGCUCGCUGUGGCCACAGAUCAAAGGGCGCCUGCUGGAGGAGCACCGCAGCAUCAAAGUGGGCAACCCUGUGGAGGAUUUUGAGACCUUCUUUUCUGCCGUGAUUGACGCCAAGUCCUUCGGCCGGAUCAGGAAGUGGCUGGAGCACGCCCACUCCUCGCCCAGCCUCACCAUCCUGGCGGGGGGCGCCUGCGAUGACUCCGUGGGCUACUUCGUGGAGCCCUGCAUCAUCGAGAGCAAGGACCCUCGGGACCCCAUCAUGAAAGAGGAGAUCUUCGGGCCUGUGCUGACCGUGUACGUCUACCCCGAUGACAAGUACAGGGAGACGCUGCAGCUGGUCGACGGCACCACCAGCUACGGCCUCACGGGGGCAGUGUUCGCCCAGGAUAAGGACAUUGUCCAGGAGGCCACAGAGAUGCUGCGGAAUGCUGCUGGCAACUUCUACAUCAAUGACAAGUCCACUGGCUCUGUGGUCGGCCAGCAGCCCUUUGGGGGUGCCCGGGCCUCUGGUACCAAUGACAAGCCCGGGGGCCCGCACUACGUCCUGCGCUGGACCUCGCCUCAGGUCAUCAAGGAGACCCACCAGCCUCUGGGUGACUGGCGCUACUCCUACAUGCAGUGAGCCCGCUCAACGCCGCCUGCCUACACCUGCCUGUCGGUCCAGACGACUGACUGCAGACUGCGCGGGUCCCCCAAGGCCCUCCACCUGCACCAAGCACGACCUCUGUCGCCCUGCUGGCCUGCCCGCUGGCCUUCCCUGCCCACGACUCAGGGUCAGGGUGAGGAACAGGGCUGCCCCUCUGACCGUGCUGGUCAUUCUGGAACUUCUGUCCAGUGCCUGACUGGUUCUCUCUCUGUCCGCCUCUGCCCCGAGUCCUUCCUCCCUGCUGUGGGCCAGGGACUAGGGGAGUGGAGAUGAAACUGUUCCCGAGACCCCUUGGGGGAAAGGAGGCAGCUCUAGAACCCUCGUCAAACCCUGACCUCUGUCUUGCUUCCUCCCCGAGGCCACCAGGUCUCGGGUGUGGCGGCCUGCAGGGGUGGUGAACCUUGCUCCAAAGCUGCCCGCCUUCCUCACCCGUGGGGAGCCUGCGGCCACCUCUGCCUACCGAUCUAACCACACCUGAGAUGUCCAAGUGCCUUUCACCAGGUGCCCCUGCCCCUGCCCUCCAGGCCUGCCUGGUCCUGGCCGACUCCACUUGGGGAUGGGUUGUCCUUCCUGUCAGGGUUAUGAUCUAGAGGCGGGGCACUUAUGUCCUGUGUUGUCUCUCCCUUAGCUCCUCUGGCCCUGCCUCUAGAGAUGGCCGUGCUUGGGGCCUGUAAUGGCGGCAUUUCUGCGGGGCUCUGUGCCCCCUGGGCUGGGAGAAAACAGCCUCACUCUCCCUUCUCCCAGUGCCCAGUGCCCAGUGCCAGACCCAGCCCGGGGUCCUGAGGCACUGACCCUUCUUGGCAUGUAAAUGACUUAUGGCCUGGCCCUCAUGGCCCCUGCAAACUGUCCCUCUGGAUGGGUUCCAGAUGAUCCCAGGGGGGUGGCUGGAGGGUGGGGUUCAGGGCACCUUGAAAGUGCCAGGAAGGAUCAUAGUAUUAAACACCCAACAGCUCACCCGAAGGUUGGUAGCAGUCACCCACCCGCUGAAGCCCUGCUCCUGGAAACAUCGCACCCUCGGAAACCUGGGGUGUAGAGUUGGAGGCGACUGAAAUAGUGUGGGUUCCUGCAGGGUCCUUACCACGUGCCCCUACCUUCACUGCACCCGUGGCCAGGGGGUGCUGGUGCUGCCAGCGGGGGAGGGGGUGUGCUUGAUGUACCUAGUUCUACACUGUGAGGUGGCAACGGGGCUGGGCCUGCUGCCACCCAAUAAAAUGCCUGUUACUGUA